UCCGUUGAGUGAACGACGCCACGCGGUCAGAGCCGGUGUGUCGUUUGUGUGCGUGUGUUUCUUCCCUCUUCUUCGUCGUUUUCACACGUGCAUCAGGCGUGUGCCGCUCUCGGUAUGCUCGCACUGCUCAGUACUUUUUCGGCUGUUAACGAGAAAGUGUCUCACGAAGAGUAGCUUUAAGAGCGGGGAACGCGACACGAUGCCGGAUAAGGUCGCGCCGGCCGAGAAGCAGGUCUUAGGACCGGUGAAAACGAUCAAAGAUAAUAACGAAGCAGUGAAACUGAAAAAAGAACUCGGCCUAUUAGACGGUGUGGCAAUUAUCGUCGGCAUCAUCGUCGGCGCCGGAAUUUUCGUUUCGCCGAAGGGUGUACUGAAGAAUAGCGGCAGCGUUGGCCAGGCUUUGAUCGUUUGGAUUUUCUCUGGCGUUUUGUCUCUGAUCGGUGCAUUAUGCUACGCGGAACUGGGUACGAUGAUUCCGAAGUCCGGUGGCGAUUAUGCGUAUAUUAGCGACGCUUUUGGACCCCUUCCCGCGUUUUUGUACCUCUGGGUCGCAUUAUUCAUCCUGGUCCCAACUGGAAACGCGAUUACGGCCCUAACGUUCGCACAAUACAUCUUGCAACCAGUUUGGCACGGUUGUAUUCCUCCGUAUGCAGCGGUGCGACUACUCGCUGCAGUUAUCACAUGUCUGUUGACCGCCAUCAACUGUUACAACGUGAAAUGGGCUACCAGAGUGCAAGACAUCUUCACUGGGACCAAGAUUUUCGCCCUGAUAAUCAUCAUGGUCGCUGGACUAUGGUGGCUCUGCAUGGGGCACACGGAAAAUUUUCAUCAUCCUAUGGAUGGAACUAAUACUCAGCCUGGCUACAUUGCUCUAGCCGUUUACUCGGGCCUGUUUUCUUAUUCCGGAUGGAAUUAUCUGAAUUUCGUCACCGAGGAGCUCAAGGAUCCUUACAAAAAUCUUCCAAAGGCGAUUUGUAUAUCGUUGCCGCUGGUAACCGUGAUUUAUGUCCUGGCAAACAUUGCGUAUUUCGUAGUGUUAACGCAAGAUGAAAUUCUCGCUUCGAAUGCUGUCGCUGUCACUUUCGGCGAUAAACUAUUAGGCGUGAUGUCCUGGAUAAUGCCGUUAUUCGUGGCCUGUUCUACCUUCGGAGCGUUGAACGGAGCAAUUUUCGCAUCGUCGCGAUUGUUUUUCGUAGGAGCUCGUAAUGGACAUCUGCCAUCCGCCAUUGCGCUCAUCAAUCUACGAAACUUAACGCCCAUGCCUUCUCUUAUCUUCCUCUGCAUUAUCACCCUGGCACUUCUGAUCAUAGAGGAUGUCUAUGUGCUAAUCAAUUAUGUUAGCUUCGUUGAGGCACUAUUCACCACGCUCUCGGUAUCUGGUCUCCUCUGGCUUCGCUACAAAAGUCCCGAUCGCGAACGACCAAUAAAGGUCUCGAUCCUGUUACCAAUCAUAUUUUUCGUAAUCUGUGCUUUCCUGGUGACAUUUCCUUGCUAUGUGUCGCCAUGGGAAGUUGGCGUAGGAGUAAUCAUCAUAUUAUCUGGCAUUCCUAUGUAUUGGAUCUUUAUUCAAUGGAAAAAGAAGCCUAAAUGGGUUAUAAGAUCGUCUCAUAACUUCAACAUGAUUUGCGCUAAACUAUUUAUGUGCGUGCAAGAGGAGAAAAGCGAUUGAUCACCAAGUGCCCUUCUACUAUAAUAUAUAGUUUCAUAUAGAAAUUUGCAUGGUAUGAACGUG